AUGAGGUUCUCUUACGUGACAUUAUUGACGGCUCUGUCCCUCCUUGAGCUACCAAAUGUGCUCGGCGCAGUGACCUUCGCAGACCCAGCGGAGUUGAAAAUUCGAAACGACAAGAGAGAAUUAGAAAAAUUGACCCAGAAGGCGCUUGACAAGAUUUUGACAAAGCUUGAUAAAGAUGAGGAAGAGUUGAAGAAAGCUGGCAAGAAAGCAACUUGCACCAGAAAGACUUUGCGAUAUAAGUUAGAGUUCGGGUCAAUGCAAAAGAAGGAUCGAAAAGGCUACACGGAUGCUGUUACCUGUCUCCAAAAGUUAAAGGCAAAAACGCCUGCUGCUAUAGCGCCCGGAGCAAGGGGUCGUAAUGAUGACUUUGUGGUAACACACGUUCUUCAAACACCGUAUGUGCACAUGAGCGGCACAUUCCUUGGAUGGCACCGCUACUAUCUCUGGGUGUACGAAGAGGCUCUCCGUAACGAAUGUGGUUACAAGGGCCCUAUACCAUAUUGGGAUUGGCCCAAAUGGGCAGACGCUCCUCAAGACUCUCCGCUGUUCAACGGCGAUGCAUACUCUCUUGGAGGUAACGGAGAUUUUAUACCUGGCCAUCCAGGUCUGACCUUAAACUUUGGAAAUACCACAACAGUCCUACCUGCUGGGUUGGGAGGAGGCUGCGUCACGAAGGGGCCUUUCAAGGAUAUGGUGGUCAAUUUGGGUCCUGUUCUUAUUGGAACACCAGGACCGUUGCCUUCAGGUCUCGGGUACAAUCCAAGAUGUUUAAAAAGAGACGUUGGUCCAGCCGUGGCUAUGAGAUGGUCGAACUAUACAUCUGUACUGGAAACCUUCAAGAGGGAAGACAUUGGCAACUUCCAGACGUUUAUUCAAGGCCCCGGAACAGAAACGGCCACCGAGAGUGGUAUUGGAGUCCAUGGAGGAGGGCAUUACACAAUUAGUGGUGAUCCUGGAGGCGACCCAUAUGUGAGCCCAGGCGACCCCGGUUUCUUCUUGCACCAUGCUCAAGUAGAUAGGCUCUGGACCCUGUGGCAAGGACUGGAUCCCGACACCCGACAGUAUGCCCUCAGUGGCACCAACACGAUGUUCAAUGAGCCUCCCUCGGAGGACACGACGCUUGAUUUCUUAAUAAAUGUAGGCUAUUCCGGAGGAACCAAUUUAACCAUGAGAGAGGUGAUGAGCACAACUAAAGGGCCGUUCUGCUACGUGUACUUGUGA